GCACUAUGGACCUGAUCUUUACUCGUGGAAAAUCUGCUAUCCUUGAGCGGUCACUCACACGACCCAAGACGGAUGUCAGCCUCAGUGCCUUCUCCCUGUUAUUUUCUGAGAUUGUGCAGUACUGUCAGAACAGGGUUUACUCUGUUUCUGAGCUUCAGAACAAACUUUCUGAGCUGGGGCAGCAGGUGGGAGCCCGUAUCUUGGAUGUGCUGGUGAUGCGAGAGAAAAAUGGUAAGCGCGAAACCAAGGUCAUCAACAUUCUGCUCUUCAUCAAGGUGACAGUGUGGAAGGCUCUCUUUGGGAAGGAAGCAGACAAAUUGGAGCAAGCCAAUGAUGAUGACAAGACUUACUAUAUCAUUGAGAAGGAACCUCUCAUCAAUACUUAUAUUUCAGUUCCCAAGGAGAACAGUACACUCAACUGUGCCUCUUUCACAGCUGGCAUUGUGGAGGCCAUGCUGACAUGCAGUGGUUUUCCUGCCAAAGUCACAGCCCAUUGGCAUAAGGGUACCACCCUCAUGAUCAAAUUUGAUGAAUCAGUUAUAGCACGUGACAAAGCCCUGGAUGGGCGCUGACUUCAUUUGGGGCUGAAUUGAAUUGUACUUUGCCAGUAUUCUGAAAUAAUUUCCCAGUUCAUGUUUGGAUGAUAUGUAGUACCAGAGACAAAGGUCCAUUUCAUAUCAGAAUAAGGCAUUUUGUUCAUAAACUGAUGCUGACAGUGAAUAUUUCUAUAGCAUUUUCAUUCAUUGUGUUGGGUCGUUCCUAUUUCCUGAAUCUGUUCCUUUACUCCUUUUAAAGACUGAGGAUUGAAAAGAAGAUGGAGUUUAGUGUUUCCCUACCAGGAGAAAGAUAAUUUAUGCAGGUCCAAGAUAUGUGCAAGUUGAUAUAAUGCAUUAGUAUCUUGUAUUUCUUUGCUGUGUCCCAACUAAGGUUGUGUCUAGAAAAUACUAAUGAAGGGGGUGUAUUGCUGGGUCAUCAGUUUCAGAAUGAACAGUGCCUGAUCAUUCUGUUGCUGCUAGCCUCUUUCAGUUAUUGCUGAAUAUGUCCGCCUGCUUAUCUCCAGGAUCAAGCUGGAGCUGCCUUGGUGGUACUUUGUACAAAUUACACAACCAUUUUCUUUUAGAUAAAAACAGAGAGAUGUGUGGUUCAUUACACAAUAAAAGUUCAGAAGAGGUCAUAUUCUGCUUUCAAGCGUAAUGGCAACAGAUAUCGCAAUCUGUUUCUGCCAUUAUCACCUGCAAAUGCAAAAUUUUGAAAUUCUGUUCUUUGAGAGUCAUUCCAAGAACUGUUGUCACUGGACAUUCUUAUCAGCAUGUGAAUCAGUUUAGUUUAAAAUAUAGUAAACUGUAACUUAUUUUAAAUUGUAAAAUAAACUUGAUAUGUUAAACCAGCCAGCUGGACAA